GCCUUUGUCUUUUUCCCAUGAUCCUUUGCUUCUCGCUCUUGGAUCCAGUCAAGAUGGCGGAAAAACCAGUUCCCAUCGUGGAGAAGCGGCUGAUGGAUGUGAAGCUCGGUGAACUGGGGACCUGGGUUGGAGGUCGAGACUUCACUCCUAAUGGAAUCAUCGCAUCCCUCCGCAGAGGCCACGACAGAUACUACAACAAGUACAUCAACGUAAAGAAAGGAGGCAUUGGCGGCGUGGCGAUGCUACUCGCUGGAUACGUAGCCCUCAGCUAUCUGUGGGAAUAUGACCACAUCAAGCAUGAUCGCUGGAGGAAGUACCAUUGAGCGGCCAUUAGAUUCUCAAGGGUUGCAGAAUUGUCACUUCCUGCUUUCCGCUCUGUUCUGUUUAAUUUGUAAUUGUUGUGACCAAUAAAUAUUAAACUAUA